AUGGAGGGGGGGUUAAUUACAUAUAUGACAGAGAGACUGAGAGACGGAGAGAGUUCCUCAUCAGAGACAGAUCAGACAAAGCUGGGUGCAGCUGCGACACGACACAGCCGAAGGUGCAGAACCUGCUCAGAAAACAAAAACACCGAGGAGCUCAGCGACGAUGGAGGUGGUCUUAACCAGGCUGCGGGACUUCUCCUGCAGGACCCCCACCUUCCAAGACAACAAAGAGGAUGAGGGACAUCUGUGCGGGGACCCUCAGAGUCCAUUUCCUCACCUCAGAGGASGGGGCUCAGCUGGAGGAGAGGGAACCAAACUGGACCUACAGAGCGCUCUGGACUGGCUGAGAACGGAGCUG